UGUGCGAUUUACGUUAUCCCGCCAUUUUAUUUUUCAGAACACACAGCUCGCACACACAUUCAGCUCUUUGUCGCCGCACGGCCUGGGCUCUCUGAGCGGACCGUCCUAAGUUACUGUUUUUACACUUUCGCAAGAGUAAGUUGGUCCAGGAGACCUGCAUAUAUCGUCCGGUCCGUCCCCUGGUACAUGGUCUGACAUUUGUCCAGACAUCGGAGGAGAGAAGGUGAAAGAUGACGCAGUUUUUACCCCCGAAUCUGCUGGCCCUCUUUGCACCGCGGGACCCUAUUCCUUUCCUGCCUCAGCUAGAGAAGUUGCCCCACGAGAAACAUCACAACCAACCUUACAGUGGCAUCGCACCGUUCAUCAGGCAUUUCGAGGAUCCUAGAGAUGCCCCUCCACCAACAAGGGCAGAGACCCGUGACGAGCGACUGGAGAGAAAGAGGCGAGAGAAGAUUGAAAGGAGGCAAACAGUGGUGGAGACUGAACUCAAGCUUUGGGACCCCCAUAAUGACCCCAAUGCACAAGGGGAUGCCUUCAAGACAUUGUUUGUUGCACGAGUGAACUAUGAUACUACGGAGUCCAAGCUUCGUCGUGAAUUUGAGGUCUACGGCCCCAUCAAACGGAUUUACAUUGUCUACAACAAGAGGACGGCCAAGCCUCGGGGCUACGCGUUCAUUGAGUAUGAGCAUGAACGAGACAUGCACUCCGCCUACAAGCAUGCAGAUGGGAAGAAGAUUGACGGGAGAAGGGUGUUGGUGGACGUGGAACGAGGGCGCACCGUAAAAGGAUGGCAUCCUCGCAGGCUAGGUGGUGGAUUGGGUGGCACUAGGAGAGGUGGAGCUGAUGUCAACAUCAAGCACUCUGGCCGCGAUGAUGCGUCACGUUAUGAUGAUCGCCCACUGGGGGCUGAUCGGGACCGGGGAGAGCGGAGGGAGCGCAGCCGGGAGCGAGACCGGGAAAAAGACAGAGGAGAACGCAGACGGUCCCGAUCCCGAGAACGGCGUCGACGUACCCGUUCCCGGGAGCGAGAGAGGGAGAGAGAAAGACCGAUUGCCGCAGCAGAGGACGGCAGCGGCGGUGGUGGAGGUGGUGGUGGUGGUGGUAGCAGGCGUCGAGAGCGGGAGAAGGACCGUGGGGGGGCAGCGGGAGGAGACAGCAGGAGUAGGGAGAGGAGUCGAGAACGGAAGAGGAGGAGCAGGAGCCGCGAUCGCAAGAGAGACAGGGAGAGAGGCAAGGGGCUGGAUGGAGAGGAGGUCAGCCAGGGAGACGGUGCUCCUGAGGGGGGCGAGCGCAUUCCGGAGGAACACGAAGGAGAAGUGGGUGAGGGCACGGAUGAGCGUAGAGACAGGGACCGAGAAAGGGACAGGGAGCGCAGGCGUAGCCACCGGGACAGAGACAGGCGCAGGGGAGACCGGGACAGAGACAGGGAGCACAAGAGGGAGCGGGGGGAGAGAGACAGGGGGGAGCGCAGAGAGGAGCGCCAUGGCUCCCUUCGAGAUGACAUGGGCCCCCAAGAUGACAUGGGCAAUGAGGAUGAGGGGGGAGCCCCGCCACACAUGGAGGAGUACAGUCAGGACGGAAUGAUGGAUCAGCAGUCGGUGCCGUCAGCUGACGGCUAUGUCUCCAGUGAGAACGGCUACAAGAUGGAGGCUCCAGGAGACGAGUACUGAGAUGGCCCCUCUCCCAGCAGACUCCCACUCAGACAAGUUGUUUCAUACUAUACUUUAACUUGACCUCCUAACUUUUGCCAAGGCACAGGAAGCCUAAAUGAUGUCAGGGCUUCUUCAGUACCACCAACAAGCUCGCUUUCCUCCUAUCUGUCAAGAAUCUGUUGAAAUAUUCCACUUCAUAUUGUUGCACGCACAGUUGAUGCAUAUAACUGAUUUGAUCUCACUAAAGUUGCAGCUUUCCUGCAUUUCCCAACUAAUCUGUGCCACUUAUUGUUAUGAGUUACCUUGAUGAUUCAAGCUAGGUAUGUUUUUUUUCUUUUCUUUUCACUUGACUUGGGAUGAACUGUAAAAAUACAAGCUUUGUUUUUAGAUGAGUAGAUUGUGUUGUCUUUUAUUUCCAGAUUCAUAAAGCAGUUAGACUGUAUGCUCAUUUGGAAUCAAGUGGCCGAUUUCUCCUCAAUCUAUGUGAAAUUGAAGGAAAUGUAGUAUUGUGUAACAAUUGAGGGCUGUUCUGUUCAUUCUGGAAUAAAGUUUUUUUUUAAUUAUG